AGCGCGUCCCUGCGCCGUGGCCGCUGCCAGGCGCCAGGGGCUGCUCGCCGAGGCGCACUAGCGCUCCGGGCUCCGGGCGCGCUGGUCCGCUCCACUCCGCAGCCCCGACCGCCUUGCGUCCCCGUCGUCCCGCGUCUCCGCCAGGGGCCAUGGGCCUGCGCCGCGAGCGCCAUCGCCGACCGCAGGCACCCGAACCCCGGGGCGGGCGCUGACGCGGGCGCCGCUGCCAACUUCGCACGGAGCUGCGGGAGGCGCGGGAGGCAUGAAGACCAGCCGCCGCGGCCGAGCGCUCCUGGCCGUGGCCUUGAACCUGCUGGCGCUACUCUUCGCCACUACCGCCUUCCUUACCACGUACUGGUGCCAGGGCACGCAGCGGGUGCCCAAGCCGGGCUGCGGCCAGGGCGGCGGCGCCAACUGCCCCAACUCGGGCGCCAACGCCACCGCCAACAGCACAGCCGCCCCCGCCGCCGCCGCCGCCAGCCCGGCCGGUUCGCCCUACAGCUGGGAGGCGGGCGACGAGCGCUUCCAGCUGCGCCACUUCCACACCGGCAUCUGGUACUCGUGUGAGGAGGAGCUCGGUGGCCCGGGUGAGACAUGCCGCAGCUUCAUUGACCUGGCUCCGGCUUCAGAGAAAGGGGUGCUGUGGCUGUCAGUGGUCUCCGAGGUGCUCUACAUCCUUCUGCUGGUGGUCGGCUUCAGCCUCAUGUGUCUUGAGCUCGUCCACUCCAGCAGCGUCAUAGACGGGCUCAAGCUCAACGCCUUUGCUGCCGUCUUCACGGUGCUCUCAGGCCUCCUGGGGAUGGUCGCGCACAUGAUGUACACACAGGUGUUCCAGGUCACCGUGAGCCUUGGCCCUGAAGACUGGAGACCUCAUUCUUGGGAUUAUGGGUGGUCCUUCUGCUUGGCCUGGGGUUCAUUUACCUGCUGCAUGGCGGCGUCUGUCACUACGCUCAACUCCUACACCAAGACAGUCAUUGAGUUCCGGCACAAGCGCAAGGUUUUUGAGCAGGGCUACCGGGAGGAGCCGACCUUCAUAGAUCCUGAGGCUAUCAAGUACUUCCGGGAGAGGAUUGAGAAGGGGGAUGUGAGUGAAGACGAAGACUUCCGCCUCGCCUGCCGCCAUGAGAGAUACCCCACCCGGCACCAGCCACACAUGGGGGACUCCUGGCCACGGAGCUCAGCUCAUGAGGCAGCCGAGCUAAACCGUCAGUGCUGGGUCCUGGGGCACUGGGUGUGAUGUGACCCAAGCCAGCCCCUGCCUUUCUGCCAUCGCUGGCACUACCCCUCCCACAGGACAUGGAAGCCUGGUGUGUGUGCUGUGGACUCAGCUCUCCAGUCACGGAGACAUCAGGCCUAUACUGCCACCGCUGCCUGGGUCUUGGGGCCCCACAGACGGGUCGGGCAGGCCAGAGGGACUGUACGGGCUGCACAGAGACUUGGAGGCAGCAGCCACCGCCACGCUUAGAGCCCCACCCAGCUGGGAAGCCAGGAAGGACAUGGGCAUUGACCAUUGAACAUCGGACACCCACGAUCAGACACAAAGCCAAGCAGAUGCCCAGAGAGGCAGGGCCCUGUGGGGACAGCGAGCAGGCCUUAUUGAUGGAGAGGCAGCGACUGCCUCUGCAGGGGUCACAGCAGGCACACAGCAGGGGCUCAAUAAAUACUUGUUGAACCUGUUCUCUUGCUGUGUGUGGGCUGGCUCCCUCAUCAUCACCCUGCCCUGGAGGUGUGAGCCCUGGGCCCUGAAGUCAGGGCAAACAUCCAUCGAUGGCCUGCAGUGGUCAGGCUAGAGACAGGUGGGCAGAGCACCAGAGUCCUGAGCAUGGCAGGAGGAGCAGGCCAGGAGCUGGAGAGAGCACAUGUGUUCGGGAACCUCAGCAAUGUGACACCACCCUGACUCUGGGGAUCUUUUACCCUGUGUCUGUGGCCACUUUACAUAAAAGUUCUGGCUCAUCUGCCUGGUGAAAAACAAUUCCUGUCUUGACCGUGAGAGUUUGGGGUCCAGAGAGCGAAGUUUCUUGCUUGAGAUUAGAGCUGACAUGUGGGGGAGUGAAUUUAAAUCAGACUCGCUCCCAGUUAAGUCUCCCAAGAGGACCCAUCCUGCCCUGAAGGAUUUCUAGAGAUUGGCGGAGCGAGGCAGAAUGUGGUCUUCUCCAGCCGUUACCCACCCACCCACCACCCAUCCAUUUAGCCAACAUUCACCCACCGUCAUCCAUGCACCCACUCAUCCAUACAUGAUCCAUCAUUUGCCCAGCUCCCAUCCCUGUACCACAACCCAUUUAGCCAACAUCCAUCCAUACAUUUAUGAUCCAUCCAUCUAUUCAUUCAUCCAUUUAGCAGCAUGCAUCCAUCAUCACCUAUCCAACCAUCCAUCCUAUCCACCCAUCCAGCAUCCAUCUACCUGUCCAUCCAUCCAUUAACCAUGAAUAAGAUCAUCCAUCUCUCUGUCCUCAAUUAUCCAUUCACCCAUGAUCCACCUAUCCAUUAUCCUUCAUCGCCAUUCCUCUUGUCAGUUAUCCGCCCAUGUACCAGCCGUCUUCAUCACCCAGCUACCCAUCCAUGCAACUGUCUGCAUACAGGUGUCUUCUACGUGCCCCCUACUGUGUGCCACUGAAAUGUCCGGAGAAGCAGACAAGUGAUGAAAUGGGAGAUGACAGCUGUGCGUGCGUGUGUGUGCGUGUGUGCGUGUGUGUGUGUGCGUGUGUGUGUGUGCGUGCAUGUGUGUGUGCAUGUGUGUGUGCGUGUGUGUGCGUGUGCGUGCAUGUGUGU